AUGCCUCCCAAGCGCAAGGCGACAGACAGCGGUCGGUCUAGUAGCGCUUCGAAGCGACCUACACCGAUCCCAGAUGCCACGGAAAUCUCCAGCAGCGAUGAAUACUCUGACCCAGACGAUGGAGAUCUGCCGGAGGAGCAUAACCUGAAAGGUAGAGUCGUCAGCAAGUUCUCGCUCGCUUCAUUCAGCAAGCGAUCUCAGAUGAACAAGACCGAUCCUAGAUUCGGCUACAAAGACCUUUCUUCCCUGCCUCUCAAGCCCGAUCACUACAAUCGCCCUCUAUGGAUCGAGCCGGUGAAAGGCACGAUCACUCUCGAGAGCUUCAGUCCCCUGGCUCCCCAGGCUCAAGACUUCUUGACCACCAUCGCAGAACCGCUUUCGCGUCCGACCCACCUCCAUGAAUACCGCCUGACUGGCCACAGUCUGUAUGCGGCUGUAUCGGUGGGUUUGAAGCCGCAGGACAUCGUCGCAUUCUUGGACCGCCUUUCAAAGACACCUCUUCCAGAAAGUAUUCGAACCUUCAUCAUCGAGUUCACCAAAUCAUACGGUAAAAUCAAGAUGGUCCUGCGACACAACCACUACUACGUGGAAACAACAGACCCCGAAAUGUUGCAACGGCUCCUGAAAGAUGAGGUCAUUGGUCCGCAAAGAAUUGAGAGCACUGAGGGUAUCAUCGAACGAGCGGCUCCAAAGAUGGGGGGGUCUUAUGCCGCCGGUAUUCGAGAGACUGGUAAUCAGCAGGAGCCUGCCGCCGCUCCCCGAGAUGACAAUCAAGAGCAAGCGAUGGACUACGGAAUUGAUGAUGUCGGAGAGGAUGAAAACGAAGAAGCCACCACAUACAGCUUCGAGAUUCCCCUGCUGGUGUCGAAGUCGUCAAAGCUCGCUGCCAAGCGAUUGGGUGCCCUGCUCUAG